UUGAAUUUUUAGUUCAAAGAGGGAUUUUUUUAUGGGGAUUUUUUUGCUGAUUAAGCGGCCGCGCUGUGAAAGGAAGUCUGAGAUCGAGUACUAAAAGCACUGCGUCUGUCUUCACGACCAACAUGGCGGACGACGAAGAAACUUUGACUUCAAUCAACUCUACUCAGCCUAGAAUCGUUUAUAUUCGACUAGGGAAAGACAAAACUAAAGAUGAUAUACAGGAUGAGAUUUUUAAAGUGGUUAGGAAAGCGUUAAAGGGUACAGAAGCGAGUGAAAAUGGAGGACAACAGGAUAGAAACGUGGUGGAGUUGCCGGACUUUGAUGCUCGUGGGAUACAAGACGUAGCCAUAGGAAGAGAUUAUGUUGGAUUGCUUUUUAAAGAUGGCCGAGUUUGUAGAUUUAAGUGUCUUUGUAGAAAUAUAAAGCCUUCUACGAAACGUAAGGCUUCGCCAAGUUCGGAGGAACAAACUUUUCAAGUUCAAAGUGAUGAAGCAUAUGCAAGACGUUUGCAGGAUCAACUUAACGCUAGAAACCUUAGUACUUCUGCUUGUGGCUCUUCUGCUGCUUCUAGUGUCUCUGAGGAAACAAUGUUUGGCUUAACAGAGCCGCCAUUUAGGUUUGGUAUGCCUUUAAAUGAAUCAAAUCUCCUCGAAAGUGCUAAUAUUCCAGCUGAAAUAUCUUCAAGCAGCGCUGAACCUCUGGCAAACGUACCAGAAUCAGACUUUGAAAAAGUAACGUCUUUGAUUUCUGAGAUUUCURGGAGUUCUGAGAAAAGUGGGACUCAAAAUGUGGUAGAAAAUUCAGAGAACAAAAGCUUAAGUUCUACACAAUUAAGCUCAACUUCUGAAAUAGCUAGUGCUUCAACUAGUUCAAGGAAGCAAAAUAAUGAAGCUUCAAAUCAAACUUCUAGUUGUACAGAAAAGUCUUCGAGUAAUGUCAAAAACUUAUUCAAGAGCUCAUCAGACUCUACAAGCAUUGGUAGUACAAAGGAGGAUGAAAGCAUUCGCUCAAGAAGCUUGUCAGACCUGAACUCAGCAUCUUCAGCAAGAACUUCAACACUUAAUGUUGGACAGUCUUCUAGUCUUACAAAUAUCAAUACCACUAGAGAGACUGUCCAGUCAACAUUAAGUUUUAUGUCUCGUAGACCACCCCCUUCUCCAACCGUUGUCCACAGAACUAUCUUAACAGCAGAUCCGAUACUUCUCAGGACCUCGCGGCCUGUUUUUAUCCCAUCUCAUGUUCUUAUCCCUUCUUUCUCACAAGCUUCGACUUCCGUUUACACGUUUGAUCCCAGAAGGCUUAGCAGUACAUUUGCUUCAAGGCCACCUAUUCGUGUGUUUCAAAGAUCAGGUCGCAGACAAAUAGCUAGUCCACAUGAAUAUCGCAGGAGUAGGGAUAGUAAUGUAUUGCGGAGAGAUCGUGGGAAUGGUAGUGCUACAGAACAAAGUGUGGAAGAAUCUGCUAGUGAUUUUCAUUAUCCCGACAUUGAAGAAAUUGAAUGGUUACAAACAGAAAAUGGAGAACCAGUGAAAUUUUCUCAUAUUGGGGCUCUUCAUUCCGAAUUCAUUCUUGUUGAGGAACAUAAUGGUCUGCUAUACCAUUGGCCCUACACUGUCGAGAAUCAGGAUACCAUGGAAACUGAUACCCUCGAGAGUGAAUUGCCAGAUGUCGGCAUUCCUAAGGCAAAAGUGUCGCCCUUAAUCCAGGAGCUAAAACUUGAAGAGGAACAAGUCUUUAAACUUGCAACAUAUGGGAUUAGAUGUACUCUUGUUACCAAGUCUGGGAAGAUUUGUACUUUUUACGACAAAUUCAUGAGAGAGUGCAAUAAUGAUCAAGUCCCUGCCUUAAUACAACAGCUCUCCCACCCCACUGUUUACUUUCCUGAGCUGAGAGGAGACAGCAUCAUCUCUGUAGACUGUAGUGAGUUCUUUUCAAGUGUGAUGACACGUAAAGGAAAGAUUUACUGGUGGGGACUUCUGCCAUCAAAAGAGCGACAAGAUUUCAAGCAGAAACUAAACAAAGAAAGCAGCAAUAACUGUAGUAUCGCAGUUAACAACAAGGUACAACUGCGUAAGCACUUACCUGGCUUUCCUGGUGCUUUGGUCUUCAAGUCGUCAGAAACCUAUGGCCCACAACUUGGACGGCUUUUAUCCCAUGAAACGGAGGAAGGAACAAAUCAAUCAGCAGUCAAAAUCAAAGUUGAACGAGUUCCAAAGGUAGUGACGUCACAGCCAAAUUCAGGUUCUGCUUCUCCUAUUGUUAAUCUGCACUCCAGGGUAGAGAGCCCUCUUCCUGAGGGUGCAGCAUCUCCCCUACAGUUAAUAGCGCAAGAAGCACGGUCAUCCAGUCCUCAUACAAGCAUUAGAAAUCAGACACGCCCAGAAACACCUGUUAAAAGCAACCCUAAUGUUGAGACGUGGGAUGUUAAUGACGUCGUGUUUCUGGAAAGCGAGAGUAAAGUUCUUGGAACAGUUGCAGCCAUCGAUGGUCCUCAUGUCAUUGUUAAGGUUGAUAAUGUGAAUAUUUCCAGUGAUUCAUCAUUGAGGGUUUUUAAAGUCUCUGAAUUAGAAACUGUUAUGGAGGACACUGCAUUAGAAAAUGAUGUUGCUUCUACUUCUACCUCUAUUACCUCAAGUUCUAUGUACCGAGGCUGUAUUCAAAGUACCCCAAAAUGUAUCCUAGAUUCUAGUCGGGCAUCAAAUGCAGCCAAUAAAGAGGUUCUUACUGGACUCAAUCCCAUUGCCAUGACAACCACCUCUACAGGGAUAUCAGUCCUUGUGCAACACAAAGAAAGUAAUAAAGCAUUCUUUCUUGGCCCGGCUAUAGAUUCAGGGAACAAUGAGAAGGUUUUUACAUGUUGUGCAGAUUUGACGUUGUCAAGAGCAAAUGAUGAUGCAUGUGUUACUGUUGAGUCUGAAAGUGUUGCAAGUGAAGAAGCAGCUUUGACAGCAAAGCCUUUAAAGUCUGAAACCAUAGGACAAAAAAGAAAGCAUCCAGCGAUAGAGGAAUCUGAUGAUAAUGGCAACAUGUCAUCAAGUCUGCAUCCUAUAGAUAAUGGCAGACCUACUCUACAUAAAUCACAAGGGUCUGGUGUUAUACUCCUGUGCGACAAGAAUGGUUGUUUGUACCCACGGCCGUUUGGUACCAAGCUCUCUGAACCCUGUGCAAUUGAUCUCCCUCCUCUUCAUUGCCUUGGGCUGGGACAGAAGCUUGGAUACACAAGCAAGUGUGAGGCAGAGGAAAGGAUCCUUAUGGCAUUUCUUGUAUUCAAAGAACAGAAGUUAAUACCGGCCAUCCAGUCAGGCAUUGUAUCCAAAGUCCAAGACGUUCUUGUUUUUAUUGAACAAUCAUGCAUGAUAACACACAAAGGGAAGACUGCUGCCUGCAACACAGGAGUAAAAAAACUUGCAAGAGAAGCUGAUAGCGGCAAGGCGUGGUCACCGAAACCAGCAGCAAAAGAAAACAGUGAUGAAGUGCUCAAGACACCAGUAUUCAGUCAUGAAGUGAUGAGUAUCAUCAACGAACACACAAGCUCAAACCAGAACGUCAUGCAUGUAUGCUGCACAAACCCUGCCUACUUGACAACAGAAGCUCAAGAGAACGAAGCUGUGGAUAUACUCCUUGCUGAGUUGAACAAAGGUUUAUCAAAGUCUACUCCACCUUCAAAACACAUUGAAGUAGCUGUUCUUGAUAAACUGCUGAACCACAGGAUACUGGCAACAAAGUUCAUUUCAAUGCUCAAGGAUCGUGAUGCUAAGGGCUGCACUCCAUUCAUGCUGUCCAUUCAAUGUCACAACUUCAAGGCGGCACUUUAUAUCCUAGAUUUUGUUGCUAAAAAUAAAGGCAAGCAAUUUGGUGAUUGUGAGAUAUCACUAGAAACAAUGAUCUUCCCACCAACCUUCAGUGGUAUCACCCCUCUCCAUGCCGUAGCUCUGGCCUGCACUGAAAACCUUCCGGCUAGUGGACUUGGAAACAGCUUGACAGUGUCUAACCUUCCUUCUGGAUACACACCAAGAAUUUUAUUGAAGCUGUUCCAAUCAAGAUAUCCAUCAGCUUACAGAGCUACGAUACCACCACUUGCAGAAGCAAAGAAGUAUCCAAGAGCCAAGACGCCUAAGCAACGGCUUCUAGAGAAAGCAAAGAACGAAAAGGGUAACACAAAGAAGAUGGAAAGCACAAAGAAAGUAACACUAGAUCCAACAUCCACACCUGGAGUAACCCCAAGGCUGGGCCCUGGAGGAGGUAACAGGAUCCCUACUGUGGGCAAUAGAAGGGAGUCACUACAAGGGAUGGUGACGUUCUCAGACCCAAAGGAGCUGCGACAAGCAUUAAUAGAAAUGGACAAACACAUGGUAUCCAGUGAGACAAUGGUACCUGAGGGUGGUCUGGCUAGUCUGGUACAGCAUGUGCUACAUGUGAAACUGACUGAGCUUGAAAGCGAUGAAGACGACAAGAUGGAGAUGGAAGUAGGGAUCGGAGGUGGUGUCUACAAUGUUUCUACAGCAAGUGGUACAGCUAAAAUCAGUAGAAAAACACAAACCAUUGAUUCAACUAGUAGUCAUCAAGGGUCUGCAGAAGACGACUUGAUAUGCCAAUUGUUUGCUCGUGUAUUGGCGUACCAUGAGAUGGCUACAGCUUCAAAUCAACAAGAAGAAACCGUCCUCUCAUUCUUCGUCAACAACUCUCGCUGGCUCAAACUUACCUCACAUCAAAAGCAACGCCUAUUAAAAUACAGCACCAAAUUGAUUGGCUCCCAAACUGACGACACAACGAAACAACCCAGAUCAUCUACACCUGAUCUCAGUAAAGCCUCUAAUGAUAUCACUGCUGAGAUCAAGAUCAAGGGAUCAAGUGGAUCGUCCGCUGCAAUUGAGAGCAACCUCUUGGCUCAGUUGGACGAGAUCUCCAGUAGUUUUAAAAGUCUUGUUGAUACGCUAGCGGCUCUGGAAGGAAAGGUUGCUGAAGAGAUGGAAGAGGAGAACGUGGAAACUGACAAGACGACAAAACCUGAAGGACCUGAUAAUGAGGGUGCUUCUAGUACCGCGGGGAACCUUAUUGAUUUCAGUGCUCCAUCCCCUGAGGAAAGCGUGUCCGAGAAGGACGAGGUACUUCCUAUCCUUAUUCAACUGGCGCAAAACUGGCCAUGUGUUGCGACAACUAUACUGGGGUACUACCCUGAGCUUACCCGAGAAAGUCCCAUGGAGAGCUCAGAUGGAGAUUCACAUGAGGGACCUAGGGGCCAAGAUGGGACUACUAGAUAUGUCCCUAGUAGAUCUUGUAGUAUUGACGGCUUUGUUGUCGAACUUCUUGCGAACGCAGACAAGUCUGUACUGAUUACUCUCGUAGAGACGAUUAUCAAAGAGAUGAAUAAAUACCCCCAAGAGCUCUUACUAGAGGUAACCCAACAGUGCCAAGACACCGGGGGCCCGUAUACCCCGGGUAGGCUUGCUAUUACCGUAGGGAUGAAGUUCCUACGCGCUGUUGUACGGCAGAUGUCAGUACAUCUUAGCCGUAGUGGAGUAUCGUAUGUUGAUUUGAGAAGCCGGCUUGCUUCAAGCUCAUCUUCAUCAUCUCCAUCUUCAUCUGUAACGUUUGGAUCGGAUCAAAAUAGCAGUGUUGAGUUCAAACACAAAGCAAGAAUGAUCCUGAAAUCUUUUUCCUGGUUGGGAAUUUACGAACUUGUUCAAGCAGCAGAAGCGACGGUCCUUCCUGUACGAGAGGGCGUGGCUAAAGCUCAAGCUAAAUCCACUGGAGCAAGUAUUAGUAAUAACAUCCCCACCCAUACGGUGUUCCCUGGUGGAAGAUACGGGGGAAGACGACCAGUAUUCCGUGGUAGAAGAUACGCGGGGAGACGACCAGGUAUCCGUGUUAGUCAGUAUGAUUCUAGAACAACCAAUCAAGAAGCCAUGCUGCGCACCGCCUCCAGGCUACUUAACAGUAACCAGACUGCUACAGUCCAACAGUGUCACGGUACCCGCCUGGCUGCCUUAACAGAGGAUUCAAGCUCUCCCCUAAGAAGACAAGCCUCCACUCCACCAAUAUCUCUAAGAGGGUACUCACGGGCCACUAGGAGAAGGGAAUCCCUCAUGGACAGUGAUAGUGACACGGAUGAUGAGACGGGGAACCUUUUUCGGAGUGUUAUGGAUGAGGAUAAUGAAAUGGAUAUUGAAGAUAGUGAUUCCUCAAGUGUUGCUAUGGCGACUGGGCUAAAUAUUGAGCACCCUUACGCUUGGGCGUUAGAUGGAAGGCUGUUUGGUGCUGGAGAAAACAAUUCGCAGAAUAAUCUUCAAAUUAAUUUUACGCAUUACAUCAACAAUAUUGUCACGCCACCAAGUGUACAUACAGGCAACUGUUACUUAACACGGAUGUACUCCAGACUCGUGAAAGAAGCAAUCGACCUUAUCAAUUCCAACCAAUCAGAAGAAACCACUGCGUCCAAAGAAACAAUUGUUACAGAAGAACCAGUCUUACAGGUUUUGGCUAUAAACCAGGAUGAGUGUGGAAAUAUACUUGAACAAGUGACGUCAGUCCUCGAUGUCACGUGGGUUUGGUUGGCCAAAGUGUUGGACGUGGUAGAGGGUCAGUUACAACAUGGCGAAGGUUUUGAUACUAAGAGAUACUUGGCCACCCUACAGCGACCAGAGGACUCCGAUUUCACACCAAUCCCUCGCUCAUCAAGCACUAACCGCCCCGGGUCCACACCUGAAGAAUAUUUAAUGUUCUUACUGCGAUCACAUACCAACGAACAUGACGAUACGUUACCAGUCAUUGAUAUGUUAUGUUACGAACACAUGGUGUACAUUCUGGAUUCUUUUAUCUACUGCACCAAGCGCUGGCCCAAAUCACAAAGGAUACUCGAUAGAAGCAUCUCGUCCAUCAGUAGCAUGGAUGGAGAAGAAUCCACUUCUGGAGUUUCUUUCACCGAUGUAACCCCCGCAAAUAGUGAGACUGGUCUCCAUAGUAASCAAACGAAUCCUCGGCGCAGGCGCAAUAAAGAAAGAGAAGAUUGUAUCAAGUUUUAUGGCAUGAACGUAGCCGGGAAGGACCGGGACGAGUUUCUGAAUAACAUACAAGCCACUCUGCAGCAGAAGUCCCGGAUGCUUGUUCCUAAGGCAACCUGGGAGGUGUUCACCCAUAACGUCGGUACUCUAAGAAUGAAGUCAGUAGAGGAAGCUAGCCAGGCUGGCAGAACCAGAACUGACGUAGAGAAUGCACUUCCAGUUACGUUUGACCGCGUAUCCAGGCAACCAUAUCCUUCGCCCUUGGUUCACAACUGGUCAGUGGAUCAAGUCAUUGAGAGAUGGAAAAUCUCCGUUGAUUUGUUUUCCCGCCUUUUUCUCGCCGACGGGCCUGGUGCUGAGCGGGACAGUUUCUUGGCCGCACGAGCUGGCGUGGCGGGAAGAUUGGCACGGUUCCGUCGUACCAUCGUCUACUUAAGAGAAUCAGUAACUGCAGAUUCUCAACAAGGGGGCCUAGCCUUCGGAGGUCUCGCAGGGAGAGUGGGAACAACUCUAUCAAUCGCUGUCAAGAGAAUUCGACUCCUGGAAGACACGCUAAGAAUUCUGGGAGAGAUGCAGCCGUUUCAUUACAGUAAUUUUCGUGCUAAAUUUGAAGGAGAAGAAGGCUCUGGUCCUGGUGUUAACCGAGGGUUCUUUGCUGCUGUAGCCAACGCGCUUAAGUCAGAUGAUAAGCUCCCACCCGAGACAACCUCUCUUCUACAUGAGCCUGGGAAGCUUCCAGAACAGAGCGGCUUUUACGCGCCUAAACCAUUUGCUUCGAGAGAAUCUACGAUAAGGAACUACGAACAGCUUAAGACUCGUCGUCUCAAGAUGUUCACAGCCAUUGGCAGAUUUCUUGGACUCAGCUUGUGGUUCAAUAAUACCGUUCCACUGAAUUUUAGCAGACAUGUCAUCAAGUUCCUGUUGGAUAGGGAUGUCACAUGGGAAGACUUGAUAUUUUUCAAUGCUGACCUUUUCGAAGGCCUCAGUCGAAUGAUGAUCGAUGCUGCACAUCCGCUGAUGACGUCAGAGAGGUUCCAGGCCACUUACUGCUGUCAUUUUGAGACUUCCGUGGGGGGUACUACUGAGGAGUUACUGCCUGAUGGCUCUCAGAUUCCUGUCACACCCAGUAACAUCUUUAAAUAUGUUAGGUUGUAUGCUACUAAAGUCAUGGUCGGGUGUGUUGAGGAAGAACUAAGAUGUAUGAGGAACGGUCUCCAUGACGUCAUACCCUCUGAACUCCUAGUGACCCUUUCACCUGAGGAUUUUCAGCUUCUUCUGUCAGGUGGUACAACCGACAUUGACAUCUCGAGACUGCGCACUUUAAUCACGUUUACUAACAGUAAUGGUUGUUCUAAGGACAUCUUGGAACGAUUUAAGAGGUGGUUUUGGUCUAUUGUGCAGAAGAUGACUGCCUUACAGCGUCAACAGCUAUUGUAUUUCUGUACCGGUAGUGCUGUUCUUCCUGUGAUGAACGAUAGACGCGACCCUGACCAAGAUCUGAGCAUCACUGUCGACGUGAUCAGCGGCAACACCAAGGCGUUGCCCAUGGCAACCACAUGUGGUCAGCGGAUGAGCAUACCUCUCUAUCCAUCGAAGAGAAUCCUAAAGAAAAAGCUUCUUCAAGCAAUACAGUGUCAAAGCUAUGGCUUGGGCUAGUUACCAGACCUCCGUCGGCUAAUGCAAAUUACAUCCGGGAUGUCAAUUGCUGUAACACCUGACUUUCUUGGAUUGGUUAAAAUCUCUUUGGAAUUUGAAAUUGAACUUUUAAGUCAUCUGUGAUGACCAGCUGUGAUGUCAUACAUCGAGGACUUCUUCGAUUGAUUAUGAUUGUAAUCACCACGCGCACUUUAUUUUUAAUGUUACCGAUAAAGAUGAAACGUAAAUUAUUUGCCGCACAAUYCGUAUGACCGGGAUUCCUGUGGUAAUACGUCAUGACUAUUUUUAUUAGAAAAAUUAUGUCCGGGUUCCCUGUGGUGUGACGUCAUUAUUUUACAAAAUACAGAAAGAUUGCUGACAGGGACCCUUUCGAGACAAGAAAUGAACUUUUUGUAAAUGAUAAAUUUGUGUGAUGCUUCAAUUAGUAAACAUUUUACUGAGCUUUAGAAGACGAUAAUUGUUUAAUGCAGUCAAUAAUUUCGAUGGCUGUACAGUCAGAUUGAUGGUUAAGUACUUAUUAAUAAAUAAUAAUUGUUAAAAAAUAAUUGGGGUUUUAAACUUUGUUAACUCGUCUUGUGCGCAAUGUUGCUUGCCAGUGAAAGUGGGUGUUUCAGUUUGGCCUAUUGGUUGGUAUGGUCGAUUUAUCUAUCAGUUGCUCGUUUUGUUCCGCCUAUUUUUUUUAUAUUUGGUCUGUACGAGUGAUUUUUUUGUCAUCUCUCGUAUACAAUCGCUCGCAAACCAAACCGGUCGGUCUAUCUUGGUCGAUUUGGUCUGUAAGUGUGUAGGUCUGCUGUUGAUUCAACGGUCACCUCUCUUAUACGACCGCUCGCAAAACCAAACAAAAGCGAACACUUUGCGAAUUAAAGCACGCUUAAGUACACAGCUGUUUUUCACUUCAAUGUGCAAACAAAAAAAUUUAUUGCAUUUAAGUAGAUUCAACAGAUAAAGCGUAUCAAAUAGAAUAGGGAUGAUGGAGGGGGGUCUGUAAGGGUUUGGGUGUGGAGAACCGUAAGGAAUAGAGGGUAGUUUUCUUCAACUCAAAUAAUUUUAACCUUUGGGAUCUUGCUUGAUACCCUUUUAAUAAAGGGUGUCGGCUGAAUAGAGGUUUGUUUUAUAGUAAAUACAGUGGCACCUCUAUUAAGUGGACACCUUUGGGACCUUACCUGGUAUCCUUUUAAUAAAGGGUGUCAGCUGAAUAGAGGUUUGUUUUAAAGUGAAUACAGUGAUACCUCUAUUAAGUGGACACCUUUGGGACCUUGCCUGGUGUUCGUCUAAUAAACGGUGUCUGCUUAGA